GGGAGGGUGUGAGAAAGAGAAAGAAGUGAAGCCAGUGAGCUCAACACAGCCAGCAUGGCGAGCCAAAGGGACUUCACGCACAGAAAAACGUGGAUUAAUGUCCUUCUGCGACUCCUACAGCUCUUAUUGCCCUACAUUCAACACGGAGGAGCUCAGUUUCAAGUUCUGACUCAGAUGUCCAGCGUGGUUGAAGUUUGGCAGGCAGAGGACACAGACUUCUUCAUGCCGUCGCAGGCAGAGGAGCAGCACAGUAAUGAAAAUGUGCCUCGAGAGGAGAGCUCCACAUUUUACAUACAGGAGAGUGGGAGACAGCUCCUGUUUCAGCCGCCCUCACUGGAGUUUGGAACACAGCCUGUGGGGCUGCCAAGAGCUGAAACGGUAUACAUCUACAAUCCCAGCCAGGAGCUCCCUGUCUCUCUGCUCUCUGUGUUUACAUCCAGCAGACAUUUUCACAUGCCUGCCUUCCACAGAAGGGUGAUUCCACCCAGAGGGAGAACAUCUUUUAAAAUCGUUUUCCUCCCCACAGUGGAGGGCAAUGAAGAAAUCUCAUUAUUUAUUAACACAUCAACCCAUGGGGUGAUAUCAUACCAGGUUUUUGGGCUUGGAGUCCAUGAUGGAUCUGUCAAGGACGUCCACAAAAAAGACAGCAUUCUAAUAUUUCCUCACAUACAAAGCAUUAAGCUAACACAAACUCAGGAAGAUGCUUCUAAUAUAACCAUUUUAGGUCUGCUGCUUGACUGCAGUUUACCAAAAAUGUUCUACAAUCAGCCCCAGGGUUGGUGUUUAGUAUCUGAGGAGGGCAGAAUCGCACUUCAGAUCAGUCUAUCUGAGAAAGGGAAAAUGCCUACCCACCUUGAUAAACUCAAACCGUACGUGUUGGAGAAUAUAUUGGUGCUGCUAGUCCUCCCGCCACCAGGAGAUGCUGUUUCAGAUCCCAGAAUAGGAGUGUACAUGUUGAACUCAGGGGUCAAAAAGCUCUUUGUUAAGGAAAUCCAGCUCCUGUCCAGAACAGACAGCAGUGUAGCACUAAAUGAGAAGCUGCUCCAGCCGUCCGCUGCUAACUUCACACAAGUGGCCUCGCUCUUCUGUAGAAGGCCUUUGUCAGCUAAAAAUAAAAGGUGUUCCGGUCACUACGGCUUGCAGAUAUUAGCAGACAGAACAGUGAAUGUGUAUCCACUGUUGGAUGUCACACGCAGAUGGUGGGACUAUGAGCUGAGCAUUUUGGUUCAGGUCAGACAGAAGCAGAGAGGUUCAGAGUAUGUGGAGCUGUGGUUGUCCAACCCUCUUCCCAUCACCUUCAGAAUCACUAACAUCUCCCUCUCCCAGCACAAGCGCAAACUCUUCAAGAUGGUAAAUUUUACAGAGUCCUUGGACAUUAGGUCUGGUUGCUGGAAGCUUCUGUCUCUUCAGCUGCUCAACAAAUCUUUACCCAUCAACGUCAGGACCACAGUUACCCUGACAACAAGUGUGGGGCUCCCACUGGAGCUUCACCUCCAGACGCUCCCCGCUGCUGCAAAGCAGGGAGAUAUUAUUUUUGAAUCAAACCAGGAGUGUGAGCGGAUCUGUCCUCUACGCAUGUCCAGAGCAGGACUUGCAGAGUGGCAGCAAUCUCUUCUCCCAGAAUCCUCCUCUUCUCUCUGGCGUGUGGACAGCAGCCUGGCCUCUGCACUGUGUAGCCGUUGGCACUGUAGCAAAGAGCUCUCCUGCAGUUGGCCCAGAUUCCCUGCAGACCACUCUUCACCUCUAGACUUUGAGGCCACACCUGUCAAUGAUAGUAAGGUUAAGAAUUUCACUCUGAAAAACCCAACGGGUUCAGUGGUGUCUGUGGAGAUCAGAACCCUCUCUUCAUAUCCAGCUUCACUUGAAGCUCUCGACAUGUUAACCAAAUGGUUUAAUAUUAGCCCACUGGCUGUAAAUAUCACUACAGCAGAAUUUUCUCUGUUGGCUGGUAACCAUAAGGAGAGUGAGAGAGGCAGCGUGCUGAGGUUCCUCCUUCAACCAUGGGAGUCGAGAACAGUUUCAGUGGCUUUUCGACCCACGGAACACAAACCUGUUACCUCACUGCUUCUGAUCAGGAACAACCUGACAGUGUUUGACAUGGUUCUGGUUAAAGGGUUUGGAGCCAAAGAGCUCCUGAGGGUGGGAGGAAAACUCCCCGGGCCUGCAGCCUCACUGCGCUUUAAUGUGCCCCAGUCCACCCUCAUGGAGUGCAGAGAUGGCUUGCGGUCGAGUAGGCCCUUGUUUGCCAUCCAAAAGAGUUUUAAAGUGGAGAACGCAGGCGAGUUGCCAUUGACUGUAGUAUCAAUGAACAUUAAUGGUUAUAAAUGUCAGGGAUAUGGCUUUGAGGUCCAGCACUGCAGAUCCUUCAAACUGGAUUACAACUCCUCCUCAGAAAUCACUAUUAUAUUUACUCCAGAUUUCACAUCUUCAUGGGUGAUCAGAGAUCUGACUCUGGUGACAGAACGUGGCUCCUCCUUUCACUUCACGCUCAAUGUGACGCUGCCUCACCACAUGCUGCCCCUGUGUGCACAAGUGGUACCGGGUCCCAGCUGGGAGGAGUCCUUCUGGGUCAUCACAUUGGUCUUUACCUGUUCCUCUUUAGCUGGUGUGUGUCUGCUGGCUUUUCAUCAAGCUCAGCACAUUUUGAGCGACUUCUCCACACCCAGUUUCCGUACCAAUCACAACUCUGUACCUCGUGAAAAUAUUAGCAUAAACCACAGCUCCUCAAACGGUGUCAGUAGAGGAAAAGGCAGUUGUAAGAACUACACCGACACAAACCACCCCUCUGACAAAGGCAAAGGGCGGGGCUCUCCAGCUGUGGCCAAUGGAACGAUUCGGUCUCAGUCCUCAUCGAAGAAAAAUUCUGGGGGAUCGUCUCAGCCUCCGAAAAAGCAAACUAAAGUGUCGUUUCUCUACGGUAGAUACAAAAGCAGUCCUACUACCCCCAGUGCUCCUGCUACAUUUUGCAGUCCUCCCACCGAGAGAGAGUUGGAUCCGGAGGUUUGGAAUAACAACAACGACCUAUUAGAUGCAGUCCUGCUUCCUCCCGACAAAAAAGAGCACUUUAGAGAAUCCAGGGAGGAGGAUGCAUUGCCAUCUGAUAUGUUUCCCAUGGAAACGCUUUCUGGAUUACCUGAAAAUGUACCAAACAAAGUCCCUCAGCCUGCUGCUGAAAUCAUACAGAAUGAGGAGUGCAACAGAAAAACCAUUGGAAAAAGGGAAAAUGCAGAAGAAGAGAAAACAGAGAGAGACGGCAGUCAGAAAAAAAGACCAGAGAAAGAUGCAGAACUUGGAGUGUCUGCCACUAAUACCAAAGGAAAGAAAAACACAGGCAGGAGUCGCAGGAAGGCUGCUGAACUCGUGCCUGAACUUCCGGAAAACAGCAUUGACAUGGUUACAGAGAGUGAGAGAGAACCUCCACGUAAUGUAGCUAGAAACCGUAUCCCAAAACCUGAACUACCCAAAACCGGACCCAAUCCAGACAGCCCUCCAAAACACAGUGGUACAUGUUUAGUCAGAGCCAGACGUAAGUGUCCAGAGCGACGUCUGCAAUGGGAGUCCAGCUCUGAUUCAAGCAGUUCAUCUGGCAGUGUGAGAGCUAGCCGAGGGUCCUGGGGCAGCUGGAGCAGUGCCAGCAGCAUAGAGGGAGAGAAGGAUCCAAAUAGACAUACUGGCAGGAAACGUAUGUCUUUCUCUCUCUCACACACACACUUUGGUGGUGUUAUUUUAGGAGACAACAUCCAGUACAACCCAUAUCCAACAGACCGUGAAUGUUACCUGAACAUGAAUUAUACCUUCAAAACUCAAAGCAUGAACAAUCUAUAUGUCAGGGAAACAUGCCAAAGCCCAGAGGUCUGUCCUGCCCCCUCACUUACCCAAAGCUUUGCUGAUGUAGCCGCCGGUGUGGACAAGGACCAUGACAUUGUGAGCUCUAACGUAAUAGAAGAGACAUGGUCUGCCCCCUCAGUUCCUCUGACCAAUGAAUUCAGAUACCCAUUCGUCCCUGGAUAUAAUAGCUUUCCUUGGAACAACAUGAACAGCCAGUGUACCAGCCAGUAUCCCUAUAGUGAUCAGACAAACUACAUGCCACCUGGUAACGGUAACUGCCAAAACACAUUCUUGUGCCAUGAAAGCCAAACUGUGACACACAGACACCAACCUGUCUGGGGUGAUAAUGGAGCCCAUGACGUAAACUCCACUUGGGACACUGGCAGCAAGACAUACUUCCCAGGAACCAGAAGUCUCUCACCCAUGUCCAGUCUAUUUGGCUCUAUCUGGACACCUCAAAGUGAACCUUACCAAAGCCACUUCCACCAAGAACGUUCAGCACCUGUCUCACCCCACUCACCAGUGUCACCCAUCACACCCUUCAGCCGCGAGCCAGGCGGCGCCUGCCCAGGCAAGCAGUUCUCCAGCUUCAAUCCCUUUGGACCUCACAUGAAUUUGGACAUAUGGAACUCCUCUUCAAACCGUAGCUCCAACUCCCAGCUCUCCAACGAUUCCGGCUACUGUGGUGAUAUGUGAGGGAACCGAUCAGAAGUGGUGCUUUCAAAAAAUUAGGCAAACAAAAGAAUGUGCUUUUAUCUCUGUUGGGGAAAUGUGAAUAUUCUUUUUUUUAUGUUUGUUGUUGUGGUAAGGUUCCGCAUUUUGUUGUAUAUUUUUCUAGAUGUUUUGCAGGUUUGACCAUUGAAAAUAAAAAAAAAAGUUUUUGUACUUGA